AUGAUUGCCACUUCUUCGAAUCAUUCUGAGAUACUUGCAAUUCAUGAGGCAAGCAGGGAAUGCUUUUGGUUGAGUUCAAUGAUCCAACAUAUUCGAACAACAUGUGGUCUCUCAUCAAUAAAAGAAAGCUCAACAAUAUUAUAUGAAGAUAAUGCGGCAUGCAUUGCACAGAUGAAAGAAGGGUAUAUUAAAAGUGACAGAACCAAGCACAUCUCACCAAAAUUCUUUUAUGCACAUGAACUCCAGGAAAAUGGUGAUAUUGAUAUUCAGAAGAUACGUUUAUGUGAAAAUCUAACAGAUCUAUUCACUAAAAUGCUUCCAACUACAACAUUCAAGAAGUUAGUGCACAACAUUGGAAUGCGUCAACUAAAGGAUCUCCAGGGUUGA